AUGACUUCGGUACUCCCUAAGGAUAACCUUCGUGUUCUCACGAUUUCUGACGUGCAGGGAAAUCUUCACUGUUUCAAGGAACUAUACGAUAGAGAACAGGGGAAGAUUGAUCUUAUAAUCCACACAGGGAAUUUUGGGUUUUGGGACCAACAAACAGUUCAUUCCGACAAGGAAAACAGUUUCCUCAAACAAAUAGUUGCCUUUUCAGAGGUGUUAAACAAGGAAACGGUGCAAGAACUCAAUGAUCUUUCGACAAUAAACAGCAAUAACACUGUUGAUAGUAACUUUUUAAAAGAGAAACUCUUGAAUUCAAAUAAUAAUAUUUCACAACUUGAAUCGUAUCUCGAAAACAAAUAUCAACUUCCAUGCCCCGUCUACACAAUCUAUGGUCCAUUAGAUGAUCCAAGAGUGGUGAAUGGGUUUCAAAGAGGAACUUAUCAAAUCCCCAAUUUAUUUCUCUUGGACCAUACCAAGUGUUAUCAAAUCCCAUCACCUUUACCAUCACAACCAAACCUCAAGCUCUAUGGGUUGGGAGGUACUUUAAAAAUUCAUUCAUUGUUCGAUCAUGGGAAUCUUGCAUAUGAUUUGGCGGGGAAAAAUGGAGAUUUGUGGAUUUCAAUGAUUCAAUUGGCCACCAUGUAUCAUAAUGUGAUGUCUACACCCUCUGAGAAUACCAUUAGUUUGUUUGUCACCCAUGCACCCAUCAUUAAAACUCCAUUGCUUGAACAUUUGGCCAUCAUUACUAACGCUGAUUUCUCUAUAUCUCAAGGGUUACAUUUCCGAUAUCCAGUGAUGGGGAAUGGGAUGAGUUUUGUAGACAGUAUGGGAGGUUCAGCUGGGUAUAUUGAGAGUUAUAGAAGUAAAUUCUCGAGACUUCGGAUGAUUUUAGGUGAAUUGUGGUUGAUUGUGAAAGAUGAUAUAUUGGAGUUUUUAGAAGGAGAGGAACAAGAUGAAAUAACAAAAGAUGAAGGAGAAGAAAAAGGAGAAGAUUAUGAAAAACAAGAUCAUCAUAAACAAAAUAAAUUAGAUCUUGAGAAUAUUCAGAGCUUAUUGGAAUUGGGAUUGAGCCUUUUCGAUAAGAUCCCAGUAUCUAUAAAUGAUUCAACUGAACGAAUAGUUCCAUUAACUCUUUAUGGUAACAGUAAGGAAGAUCCAGAGGUGAAUAAGCGAGUAUUAAAAAAGAUUAAUGACUUGUACUUUUCUGCAUAUUACAAUCUAUGGCACUUUAAUCUCUGUGAUCACAUUACCAGACAACCUAAUUCAGAUGAACAAUCUGAUUAUAAUAUAAUGAUCUUCAACUUGGAUAAGCUGGCCAAUUUCAAGUUGGAUUAUUGUACCAGUCAAGGGUUUAAUUUUGAUUUCAAAGUGGAGGAGGAAGAGGAAAGAGAACGAGAGAGAAGAGAUAAGGACAAUGAGAAAAUUAUAGGGCAUAAGCUGUUCAAUGCUGUAGAAUACCUGCCAAAGACCGGAGUGAAGAAAUCAAUGGUGUUGACCACCACUGAAACAGAGGAAGAUGAAAAUGAUGAAAAUGAAGUGGACGGUCAAGAAGAACCAAGCUAUGAUACAUCGAGUUAUUAUGAAACCGAAGAAGAUAGUGAAGUUAUAGAUGAAUAUGAUGGUGACGAUCGCGAGGGUAAACAUCGAGGAUCUCGCCAUAGUAAUGGCAGUUAUCGUGGGAGUGGACGAGGACGUGGAGCCGUUGGGGGACGCAAUGCUGGCGGACGGGGAAGAGGAGGUAGAGGAGGUAGAGGAGGUAGAGGAAAUUUCAGGGGGAAGCCAAGAGGAUCGUCCCGAGGUAAACCGUAA